AUGUUAAAUGAAGACAAACCCGUGGCAUCGGGAAUUAUCUGGCUUUCAGACGGGCAAUUUCACCGUGGUCGAAUUGAUAUCUUCCAUGUCGAUGUACCAUUCCCGAUGUCGCCGAAGCCUAUCUCUCGUUUGGAUGUUGGGCACGACAACUCUGGUGUUGCUCCCGGCUGGUUUUUGGAACAGGUGUGGAAACGAAAGCUUGACACUGGUUCAUCGUCGUGGCAAGACGGUGAGCCGAGGACUUCUUCGAGCAAAAGAAGAAGUCCGCAUUCCGCAGAGAUCCGUUUUUGGUUUACGGUGAGACCCUUUCAGGCAGUCUUUGAAGCCAACUUUUUCUCCGAAAUGCAAAGUCAGAUUGUUGUCAACUGCUCGUUGAUUGGAAUAGAACAGACAUUUGUGUGCAACCAAUGGUUAUCGAAAGACGAAGGGGACCACCUGAUUGAGAGAAGUCUGGUAGAAGAUGUGAGCCAGCGAAAAAUUCGUCAAAAAAGUAAGAGAUCAACAAACACACACUGGUACAUAGUCAUACAAUCAAGCCUUUUCACAAUAAACCGUGGUACUGUAUGA